AUGGAAGCAGCCUUCUUGGCACAUCGCAGAGGAGCGGCACGAGUCACAGGGCUGCGGUGUGAGUGCGAAACCUUCGCAGCGGCCUUGCCAGCACGUCCCCCGCCCUGCGCUCUCUGGCUGGGGAAUGAGACGCCGAACUGGCAGCGGCAACGGGAGCAGCAGCUGCUGCAGCGGCAAUGGCACCAGCAAACCUCCGACGGUGCACCUGUGUGCUCAAGCGGCCCUUCUUCCCACUCACAGGAGCACCACCACCCCUAUCAAGAGCAGGGAACUGGCACACAGAAUGCGUCUAGUCCGCAGUCUCAGCACCUCCAAUCAAGAGCUGCUGGUGCGCAGCACCUGAUGCUGCCCCCCUCGGUCCCGUGCAGACCCUCACAGCCCAUACGGCACCUGCAAGAAGACUCUCUUGAUGUACUUGGUCCGCAGGAAGGGCACCCAGUAGCUGCAGCCCCACCCCUGUCCAAAUCGAAGCGGGUUUGGGGUCUUUCAAGAACAACAAGAAAAGCAGCAGCAGCAGCAGUGUCUUCACAACCGUCUGCAGGUUGUAACUGGCAUCCUCCCGCGUCUCUGGGAGGUGCUAGUCCAGGUAAGCUAGAGAAUGGCGCUCAUGGCAGCGACAAGAAUGACAGCAACUGCAAGAAAGAGGAGCCGCUCUCGUUUAGAGGCAUAAAGGCCACGACAGCCGCAGCAGCAGUUGCAGCAGCCGUGGUACAAGCAGCAGCCCAGCACCAACCCUCUGUCAUGUUGCAACAAGCCGCAGAGGAGCAUCUGCCAGGUCCUGCUGGUCGCUGGCUGCGGCGCAGGCAACAACAGGAAAAGGGCAAACGCAUGAAAGGGCAGGGAGGCGACUCCCCCUUCGCUUGCCGUCAACAAAAUCGCAUUCGCUCGGCGGACAGUUCGCAGUCCUCUGUUGCUGCUGCUGCCACCGCUGCUGUUGCCGCUGCAACUGCUGCUCCCAACUUCACUCCAACUCCCGGAUGUUGGGGUAGCGCCUGGCUGGGGCUUAGCCACUGCGAGGCAGCGGCAGCAGCAGAAGAAGCGCGUCGAGCCGCUGAAUCAGGCAGCAUGCAAAGCGACCAAGCACUUGAAACCAAGGCCCCUCUACAGGCUUCCGCAUCUUGGGCUCGCGCGCUGCUUUUCUUGGGAUUUCCCUUCGAUGCGUUUCAUCUAGGCCUCAUCGCCACGCCUUCGCCGUGCCCCCCCAUCAUGUCCUUCUUGGUGGAGUCGAAUGUGGCAGCCGUGCUGCGGAGCAGCGACAUCCCCGUGAAGAAGGACCCCACCGGAGAAGUCAUGUGUUCUGUUCACUCAUCGGUCUCGGAGUCGCUCCACAUGUGCCCUGGGAGUACCGUCAUCCUCCAGGAGGUCACAGUAUACUAUGCAGCAUUCAAGCUGCCUUACGUCCUCAUCACGCAACGCAGCCUCGUGCGGGCUUUUCCUCCGAGCUUUUUGGAUGACACUCUGCGCCAGCAAGCGGAGGACGCCCGCGGCGAGUGGGAGUCCAGGUGGCGAGGCGUUCACGGCGAGGCCGCUGGAAUGCCGGGGGGCCAACGUUCCUAG